GGUGAAAAUGGAAGCGACGUUCAGAUCCUGGCAGUUUCCCACCGGGGCCUGCGGCUGCUGAAGGUGAUAGGGGCGGCCGGCUACACCCCUGAGCACCUGAAGAUCCUCUGCAGCUACAGCUUUGCAGAUGUGCUGUCAGUGGAGCUGAAGGGCAGCAACACCCUGGAGUUCUCUCUGAAGACAGAGCAGCUCUUCCUGCACUCCGCAAAGGCUCGGCACAUCAAGGCCAUGGUGGACCUCUUCAUUCAGGAGCUGAGGCAGAAUACCAACUACGUUGUUGCUCUGCGCAGCUACGUCACAGAUGACAGGAGCCUCCUUAGCUUCAAGAAGGGGGACCUCAUCCAGUUACUGCCCAUGCAAGGCGUGGAACCAGGCUGGCAGUUUGGCUGUGUUGGUGGCCGCUCUGGGCUUUUCCCCACCAGCCUGGUGCAACUGGCUGCAGCCCCCGAUUACCUCAACAGUAAUAUGGACAGACAUGGGAAGACACGGAGGAGCACGAAAGCUCCUGUGGAAGGCAGGAACACCAGCAGGGAGAGCUCCACUCCCAGCAUGACAUCAGAAGCCAGCAGCAUCAUGCUAGUUCCUGUUGGUGAUCGUUACACCAUGAUGGACUUUGCUGCAGCCCACUUCCAAGAGGCUCAGUCCCUGCUGGGAGGGAAGGGGACGUCUGGUGAAAAGAAGAGUGCAGCUGACCUGGUCCAGCACACCAAGGUCCCGAUCCAGGGGUCUUUGCUCCACUACUCUGAUAGUGAGCUGAGUGAGCUGGCUGCAAAGAACUUCCUGAGUAAGUAUCCCAUGGGUUGUGUCGUGGGAGCCAGGCUGAGCAAGAUGGCCCUGGUGGUCACAGAGAUCCUGGGACUUGGAGUGGGAAGCAAAAAUCUGUAA